GUGUACUGGGGACAGGAGAGAUGCAUGAUAAGAACAGCUACAGGGUUUGCUUUCGAAACUACCCAGAGUAAUGUUUCGCUGUGCACGUGGGCAACAUUUCCCCAUUUCCCCAUUUCCCCAACCUUGCCCUCCACACCUUGAUGGGAUAUAAAAUGGAAGACGUCAGCCAGGCUCUGGGUAACUACCAACAUUGAAAAUCUCUCUAGUUUCAGACAUCACCAUCUAGCAGUUCUUGCGUGGCAGUAACCUUUGGUCAUGGAAGCAACCAUAGCCAGCUGUGACAAUGCACGCACUGACGAUGCCGCAUGUCUCAAGUCAGAUGCCCGCGAUGCAACUGAGACGGAGCACCAUAUGAGCAUCAUACAGGCAAUCAAGAUCUAUCCCAAGGCUGUGGGGUGGUCAAUCCUUCUGUCCACAGCGAUCGUCAUGGAAGGAUAUGAUGUUUCCCUGCUCUCCAACUUCUACGCUCUCCCCCAAUUCAACCAAAAGUACGGCGAAUUACAACCUGACGGCAGUUAUGUUGUCCCUGCUCCAUGGAAAUCGGCACUUUCAAAUGGUGUGAUUGUCGGAGAGAUCCUGGGGCUCUACAUUACAGGUAUCAUACAGGAUAGAUUCGGCUAUCGGAAGACUAUCCUCGGUGCCUUGGUGCUAGUUACCUGCUUUAUCUUUAUCGUGUUCUUUGCGCAGAAUGUGCGUAUGCUUCUUGCUGGAGAAAUCCUCUGUGGUAUUCCCUGGGGCGUGUUUCAGACUUUGACAACUGCAUAUGCGUCAGAAGUCUGCCCUGUCGCUCUUCGAGCGUAUUUGACAACCUAUGUCAAUCUGUGCUGGGUGAUUGGAGGCUUCAUUGCCUCGGGGGUCCUUCGUGGGUUAUUAGAGAUGCCUAGCUCCUGGGCUUAUCGAAUUCCUUUUGCUAUCCAGUGGUUCUGGCCAGUUCCUCUAAUCAUUGGAUGCCUGUUUGCCCCCGAGUCUCCCUGGUGGUACGUCCAACACGGACGGAUCGAUGAGGCAAAACGGAGUCUCCUCCGCCUGACAAGUCGCUCGGAUACAACUUUUGAUGUGGACAAGACAAUCUCUAUGAUGCAGCACACUAACGAACUGGAAAAAGAGAUCAGUGCUGGCACAACCUACUGGGACUGUUUCAAAGGCGUCAAUCUUCGCCGGACAGAGAUCGUGUGCGUCGCAUGGCUCGUCCAGAACCUAUGUGGGUCAACCUUUAUGGGAUACUCGACCGUAUUUUACAUUGCUGCAGGGCUCUCCGAAAGCAGCUCAUUCGAUAUGACCUUGGUGCAAUAUGCUGUUGGCGCAGCCGGGACUAUCGGCUCUUGGUUCCUUAUGUCCCGAUUCGGCCGACGUACCUUGUACCAAUAUGGAAUCUUAGGUCUCUUCUGCCUUCUUAUGAUCAUCGGGUUCACAUCCCUUGCUCCACGGACUGACGCAGCAGCAAACUGGGCCAUUGGCAGCAUGCUUCUUGUCUUUGCUGUCGUCUACGACAGCACUGUCGGCCCAGUGUGCUAUUCGCUCGUCUCUGAGUUCUCUUCCACACGCCUACGCGCCAAGUCCAUUGUCCUCGCUCGAAAUUUAUACAAUAUCGCGGGCAUCGUGGCGAACAUCCUUACAAACUACCAAUUGACCAGCACUGCCUGGAACUGGGGUGCUAAAGCUGCGUUCUUCUGGGCUGGAUGUUGUUUUAUUUGCCUGCUUUGGGUGUUUUUCCGCCUUCCAGAACCGAAAGGAAGGACUUACGCUGAGCUGGAUAUCUUGUUUGCACAGGGAAUACCUGCUCGCAAGUUCAAGUCGACACAGGUUGAUCUUUUCCACCCUAUCGGUCCAGCUGUUGUUGAUAAUACGAGUGCUAGUAAUGAGGAUGACAAACCGGAGGUGGUAUUUAAAGAGACCUGCUAGCUUGAGUUGAGGAUAUCUGCGAGACGUAUCAUAUGUUGUUGCUGCAUAAUAUUGUCUCUGGGAGAAACAUUUCGGGGAGGGCUAAAUCUACAAUAAUUACAAAAUGUCAUUUUCUUUAAGCCAGAGCUUAAUAUACCCAUGGCUCCUCGCCAUUUGUAGGUGCUGAUAUUACACACAUUUUCAUGUCGGCACACUAAAUCGAUUUGAU